UUGACAUUGCGUACGUGUGAAUCAGAUGUCUGUAUAUGGAGUAGUCAUGACCAGGAAUGACUCGAUCUUAACGGUAUUCCUAAGGCUGCGCUUAAGCUUUUACACAUGGUGUCGAUUUUGAUGGCCUAAAUAAGAAGGUAAUCUCUGAAACGGGACUUGCACUUGCUAUAGCAGAAGGAGCAAGGCGCGUAAAGUUGAACGUCAAGUUGACGCCGGACACUUGCGCGUUAUGAUGCCACGAGACAACAUGACUUCCACUGUCCAGAAAAUCGCCAAACAGGCCCUCACGACAUUCCGCCACCCCUCGGCUGUGGGAGAACACAAUAAAAUGUUUUUGGAAAAUCUGAGCAAGCUGAAAAGCCUUAUGGCGGAGGUCAGAGCGGCGGAUUUGAAGAUUGUUCCCCGGAGCGUCGAGAGCGCACCGAUGCCGUCGCAGCGCAUCGCGCCUCCCGUUACAUACAUGCACAUCUACGAGACCGACACGUUCAGCAUGGGGGUGUUUUUAUUAAAAACGGGCGCUUCCAUACCGUUGCACGAUCAUCCGGGAAUGUACGGCAUGCUGAAAGUGAUUUACGGCAAGGUACGGAUCAGCUGUUUCGACAGGUUGGCUAAACCUCGAGAUGGUGCCAGCGGCGUGCAGUUCAACCCUCCGCUCAUGCCCUUCCAGAUGAGCUCGCUUCGGCCUUCGGUGCUGAGGUCGGUGGGGGAAUACACGGAGGAGAACGGUCCGUGUGUGCUGUCACCCCAAAAGGACAAUAUCCACCAGAUAGACGCUGUUAACGGACCCACGGCUUUCCUUGACAUCUUAUCACCGCCAUAUGAUCCGGAUGAAGGGAGAGACUGCCAUUAUUAUAAAGUUUUACAUGCCCAUUCAGAGGCUGCAGACAGAAAGAGUGAAGCCCAGGAACCAGGUGACCUGUGGCUUAUGGAAAUCCCACAGCCUAGUGAAUUCUGGUGUGGUGGAGAACCUUACCCAGGGCCUAAAGUGUCCCUCUGAAGGAUCUGACUAUAAACUGGGUUCAGCCUUAAUCAAGAGAUUCUGUGUUCUUUUCUUUACAUGACAGUCUAGCUACCUUAUCAAGGGGACAGUGGUUUAUAUGAAAUACUUAGGCACUUAUCACAGCUGCUGUCUUUAACUUUAAUUGUCUUUUGGCUACAUGCGUCCAUACAUUUCCAGUGUGUUGCAUGCAAACUGUUCUGAUUUUGUGUGCAGGUUCGACAAAAGAACUAGUCUCUGUUUUUUCUCUGUUGCCUGGAUUCACUUUGUAUAGCAUUUGAUAAAUAUUUAAAUAUUUGCAGCAGAUGUGAGAUUUGGUUUAACAAAGGCUUCAAAGCCUGUCAGAGCAGGAAUCUGCUCAUCUUGUUUCCACAGCUAUAUUGUGUUAAUAAUGCAUUAAGCGAUCAGAACACUGAAAUGUUUAGCAACAGGCUUGACAACACUCACUUGACAAAUUGGCAUAUGCAACGCUGGAUACUUAUUUGAACACUCCUGGUAAUUAUGACAAUAAAGCACUUAGCCAGGAUGAC